AUGGACUACCCGCAAUUUCUCCAUCUGCUGCGGUUAGUGACUCUUGUCGCAGUAUUAACUAAGAAUAGCUAUGCUGUUGACGUAGAAGAUGUACAAGUUCACAACUUAACUGACAGUUUUCUGAAGGUGAUCCCUACUUGCAGAAGCAACUCGUCUCUUUCUAGUCUUGUGAUUGAGAGGAAUCAGAUUACCCUGUCAGACGAAGACAGAAAAUCUCUGGCCAGUUAUUCCGGACUGGUGGAGCUCCAUCUGGAUGAUAACUAUGUAACCAAUAUACCAUCUCGUUACUUGUCUAUUGUGCCCCAUCUCAAGGUGCUUUCAUUAUCCAGGAACAAAAUCAGCAGUAUACAGCCUGAGUCGCUGUAUGGCCUCCAUGACCUCACAGUGCUUAACCUGUCACACAACCUGCUGACAAGUCUUCCAGCGCAGCUAUUCAGCAAUCUUAAUAAUCUACAGGUGGUAGACCUACAAGACAACCCAUGGAAUUGUUCCUGCCAAUUGCUGAGAAGGAUUGAAGGGAUAAAAGCAGUCAUGACUGGUCCAAAUACUAAAUGUGCUUCACCAGAGCAACAAGCUGGAAUGAAUCUUUCUGAGGCUAUCACUAAGUGCAAUCCAAAAUCCACACCUUCCUCAACCAUGCCCUCUCAAAACCCACUACGUCACACAACAGGGUACACUCAACAACCACAGUUGCCAGCCACUUUGCCCAAAACGAUGCAAACCACCAACCCAAACAACUAUGAACAAAAGCAUGCGUCUGGAAACACUUGGAUUUUCGCAGCGUGUGUUGCGGCCUUGGCACUGACUACAUCCAUUCUCAUCGUGUGUGCCAUCAAAGGCCCCGCCUGGUACAGGCUUUUCCACAACUAUAGACAUAAACGAUUACAGCAAGAGGAAAACCAAGAAGGCAGCACAACCUCGAGCAUCUACUCAGAGACGGGGAGGUACAUGAACCAACUGACGUUCACUUUUGAGCACCAUAGAGCUGAGAGGGAAGAGGAUGUGCAGUACUUUGAGGACCCAUACAUCAAACCAGAGGUGUAG